AUGGAACAAGAUGUUAUAAAUUUGAAAAACCAUACUACUCAAUAUAAAGUACUGAAAGAUGAAGAAAUAAAACAAAAAGCCCUGAAGACAUAUAUGGAUAGCGAUGAGUAUAAAAAAGAAGUUGAAGCAAAUGUAAAGGCAGAAAAACUUUUACAGUUGCAAAACCAAACCGUACAGUAUGAAAACUUAGCACAAGAAAGUAAAAAUAACGACGCAGCCAUGCAAAAGGCAAUGAAAAGCGCAGAAUAUAUAAAAGCUAAUAAUGACUGGUUAGAUGCCCAAGCCAACGCCAAAGCAGCCCAACUUAUAGGGUCAAUAAGGACAAAAAUACAAGCGGAUGAAGACAGUUCAAAUGAAGCUUUAAUGAAUGCUGACUUUAAGAACGCCUUCGAAGCUCUUCAUAGUAAGGUGAAACUAGUGAACGACUUCUCAUCUGGAAAGAAACUGAAGUCUGAAGGUUUCGACAACGAGUUAAGAGAAGUAGCACAAAAUAUGACGAAAAUAACAGAUGCAGCAACGAGACAGGCAGUUCAAAGUGCCUAUGACGCCGUUAGAGCAACUGUUGUGGAAAGUCAAGAAAAAGAGUUACAACAGACCAAAACAGACCUAGUAAAUGCUUUCUUAAAAACGAAAAGUCAGGUAGGACAUUAUGCUGCAGAUGGAACAUAUGUGCCAGCUGGUGGAACUUAUAUACCAGCUGGUGGAACUUAUAUACUAGCUAGUGGAACUUAUAUACCACCAAACCCUCCAAGAGAAGCACCUGCACCAGGACUACCUAAAACAUUUACAUCGUCACAUGGACACAGACACAGGCAUGCACCAAAACCAACACAACAACCAACAGUUCAAAACACUGCACCACAACCAACAGUUCAAAACACUGCACCACAACCAACAGUUCAAAACACUGCACCACAACCAACAGUUCAAAACACUGCACCACAACCAACAGUUCAAAACACUGCACAGCAACAACCACAAACAGAGCAAGGACAUAAAAGAAGUAGAGAACAAGGAAACCAAGAAUUCUUAAAAAUGCUUAAGGAAAAUUAUGGUUACCCAGAUACUCUUGACUUUAGUGACAGAUAUAAAGAAGCUAUUAGAAAGUUCAAGGAAGGAAAUACUGACCCGAACCUAUUUAGCUUUAUGGUUCAGCACCAAAUGGGAUAUAAUUUCAAAUCUGGAAAAUACAAGCUCGCUAAGGGAUAUGAUUUAAUAGCAUAUCAUCCAAAUGACAUGAAUGAAUUUACUCCGAGAUAUUUGGUGUCAGAGAUAAAUGAUAAUUCAACUAUCUUCAUGAAACGCGUAAAAAAUAGAGACGGAACGAAAGAAGAAAGGGUUAUGAAUGCGGAUGACUUAAAUAGGGAACUUGUUAAAAACGGUCUCGGAAUAUAUGAAAUGCCAGCAGAUGAGGUACAAGAAACUCCACAGGAAGAAGUUCAGAUACAACCAGACAUGGAAGAAAUAGUUCAGCAACAACAGCUAGAAGAGCCUGAAGGAAACAAACAA